UCGAAUCAAAGCGUCCCCGUGGCCAUGGCUCCCUCGAAUCAUUUUUCGUUGCCGUCUGAGUUAAUUGAAGAGAUACUUUACAGGACUCCGGUUGAAUCAUUACUCCGAUUCAAAGCGACGUGCAAGCAAUGGUGCACUCUCAUAAGCAGCGACAAGAGAUUCAUGCACAAUCACUUAGAUCACUCUCCCGAACAAUUCAUAAGAAUCGAUGACGAUCAGACGGUUCAAAUCAUGGAUCCGGUGACCAGAAUCCUCUCAGAAUCACCAAUCCCAUACGAAUUUCGUAAUCCGUUCCCGGUUUCUAGUAUGGUUCACUGCGAUGGACUAAUGCUGUGUGUAUGUGAUGAUCUGAAUAACGGACGAGUAAGAUACGGCAAUCUCGCAGUUUGGAAUCCAUUUCUGAAGAAUAUUAAAUGGAUCCAACCGUCGGUUUGUUACUGGGGAACUGAUUACUUCGGGUUUGGUUACGACAAGGCUUCUCGUCAUAACUACAAAAUCUUGAGAUUUUCUGGUGAUGUGUCUUUUAGUCGUGUUGAAGAAUCAGAUCCUCGAAAGUGUGAGAUCUAUGAUUUCGACUCUGUUUCGUGGAGAAGUAUUGAUGCAGAGUUUGGUGUGGAUGUAGAUACGGAUUGCGUAGGUGUAUCUGUGGAGGGUAGUAUGUACUGGAUUGCACAAAAGAAGGAAUCAGAGUUUUUUAUUCUAUGUUUUGACUUCUCCUUGGAAACAUUCACGGACGUGUGCGUUUGUCCUCCCUUUUGGGAUACUCGAAGAUUAGGAUGUUUUAAUGGAGAUAGACUGUCUUUGUUAACACAAGAUGAAGAAUCGAUGGAGAUUCACGUGUGGGUGACAAAAAAGUUGAGUGACGUUGUUGUUUCCUUUAGCAAAUAUUUCUCUGUGACUCGCUCUGAUCUUCCGGCCUUACAGUUCCAUGGUGAUAUGGCUCUUCCGGGAUACUUCAUUGGCAAGAAAAGAAAUAUCAUGGCAUGGUGUGAGGGAGAUGAAGAAGAAGAUGAUAAGUUGUAUACUUGCAUCACUUUUUACGAAAUUGAUCAAGGUGGUGUAAGAAAACAAAUUGAGACUGGACGACAUGGACUCAGUGAGUACAAUGACCCGUUGAUUUGUAGCUAUGGUUAUGUUCCAAGUCUGAUUCCGGUUCCAAAAUAA